UGCAAGAAAUCAGUAGUCUUUGAUCCGCCAAACAGUUCACGUUCAAGUUAAAAGAAAAUAAAAUAAAUAAUAAAUUAGUAGUUACAUAAUACUAUAUUUAUCAUUGUGAUAUAUUUAUAUUAUUUUUUAUCGAUCGAAAUGUUGAGUGGUCAAAGAUUUAUUCACGUUACUUUUCAAUUAGCAAGUGCUGUAAAAGGAAAAGCUGACAUAAUGCCGUGCCCAUUUCUAACGCGCCUCUCUGCUAAUUACGUACGCAAUUACAGUACGUCAUUGAUAACAAACUACCGUCAGUACUGUCCAGUGAUGUCAAGAUUAUCUAGCACAGCAGCAGAAACUGAAGAAAUUCGCAAGUCUAUAGCAUCUAUUACGCAAUGUCCUUUUCUCUUAAAAGAACCUGCAGCAAUAAAAGAAGCGAGUUCAGCAGUUGAAGAUGACAUCAUUAAUCUGGGUGAUCCAAAAAAUGAAGAAAAAACUUUUCCUUAUGAAGAAUACUUUCAUGAGCAGAUAAUUAAAAAAAAAAAUGAUCAUUCUUAUCGGGUGUUUAAAAAAGUAAAUCGUCUUGCUCAAGAAUUUCCUUCAGCUAUUGAGUAUUCUUGGGGUGAAAAGCCAAUAACUGUUUGGUGCUCAAAUGAUUACUUAGGAAUGUCACGUCAUCCAGCGGUAACAGGGUCUGUACAUAAAGCAUUGGAUGAUUUUGGAGCUGGUGCUGGUGGCACCAGAAACAUUUCGGGUAAUUCAAUGGGCCAUGAAAAAUUAGAAAAUCGUCUUGCCGCCUUACAUAAAAAAGAAGCUGGUCUUCUUUUCACUUCUUGCUUUGUAGCCAAUGACUCGACAUUAUUUACCUUAGCUAAAAGUUUACCAGGAUGUCAUAUAUUUUCUGACUCGGGUAAUCACGCUUCCAUGAUACAAGGUAUUAAAAAUAGCGGUGUACCUAAACAUAUAUUUCGACACAAUGAUGUAAAGCAUCUUGAAGAAUUGUUGUCGAGUGUUGAUCGUUCAUUGCCUAAAAUAGUAGCAUUUGAAACCGUACAUUCCAUGGAUGGAAGCAUCUGUCCUUUAGAAGAAAUGUGUGAUGUUGCUAAAAAAUAUGGAGCUUUAACAUUCGUUGAUGAAGUUCAUGCCGUUGGCUUGUACGGUUAUUCUGGCGCUGGCAUUGGAGAACGGGAUUGGGUGCUUGAUAAAAUGGACAUAAUAUCUGGUACCCUGGGUAAAGCAUUUGGGAACGUUGGUGGUUACAUCGUUGGAUCGUCGAUGCUUAUAGACAUGAUAAGAAGUUAUGCAGCGGGAUUUAUUUUUACAACUUCGCUACCACCUACGGUUCUCUAUGGCGCGAUGGCUGCCGUUGAUGUUUUAGCCUCGGAGGAAGGCCGAACUCUCCGUGGAAUGCAUCAGCAAAAUUGCACUUACUUAAAAUCAAUGCUUACUUCCGCUGGUCUUCCUGUAGAACCUUCUCCAUCUCAUAUCAUUCCUGUUAAAGUCGGAGAUCCUCUAGUGUGCAGUCAGAUAGCUGAUACAUUACUUAAAGAAAAAGGGCAUUAUAUCCAAGCCAUAAAUUAUCCGACGGUUGCUAAGGGUGAAGAAAAAUUACGGAUCGCACCUACGCCACAUCAUUCUGCAGAAAUGAUUGAUAAGUUUGUGCAAGAUCUACAAGAUGUUUUUCAUCAAGUUAAUGUACCUAAAGUACCAAUGGCUUCUGAAUACUUUUCUCAGGCUAUAAAAGUUCAUUAACGUUUGUAGAUAAUGAUAAAAGAAUUGUACAAAUGGUACAAAAUAUAGUUUAAUUAUAAAAAUUAUAUUUAUGGUAAUAAAUUUUAAAAUUGUUCAAUUUUAAAUGUACUACAUCAAUACGUGUAACAUGUACAAUUGUUAAAAUAUAUGGAUACAUUAUCCGGGAUAAA